AUGCCUGUGCCGCCACCUCCGCCUCUCCCACCAUCUUUUUCUGGAGGUCCACCACCUCCCCCUCCUCUCCCACCAUCUUUUUCUGGAGGUCCACCACCUGCUCCUCCUCUUCCACCAUCUUCUUCUGGCGUUCCACCACCUCCUCCUCCUCCUCUUCCACCUCCUCCUUCUGGAGGUCCCCCUCCACCACCACCACCUCUCCCUACUUCUCUCCAGUCAUCUUCUGGAUGUCCACCCCCACCACCAUCUUCAUCUCCUCCGACGAAUGCGGAGCCACCCAAAUUGAAAAGGGAGGAUUCAAAAAGUCGGAGUGCUUUGUUACAUGAGAUUCAAAGAGGGACUCGAUUGAGAAAAGUAACUCAGAUUAAUGACCGAAGUGCACCGCAGAUUGACACUGGCAGAAGAAGGGCGAGCAGAGACGGAGGAAGCUCUGGAAGCAGCCGAAGCAGCGAUGUCCCUCAGGCGCUAGGGAACCUCUUUGCAGAAGGGUUUCCUGUCCUAAGACCAGUAAGCCAAAGAGACCUGAUAGCCAGCAGGACUGGGAAGCCACCUGCCGCAAGGACAUCGCUGCCUCCAGCUUCUCCAGCCCCGCUGAACACUCCUGGGAAAGCCAGUGGCAACCUUCAGUCUACACCUGAUGACCCAAAGCCAGCAGAUGUGUCAGAAGCGUCCAGGGUCCAGCGGGCGGUGCCAGCCCGUCCCAGCAUCCCUGCUCCUCCCAGCAUCCCCGCACCUCCACCUCCCCCACCUCUGCCACCCCCGCUGCUGCCCCCAGCUUGCUCAAACAAACCUUCUCUCGUUUUUCCCCCUCCUCCCCCUCUUCCCCCUCCUUCAACCGAAAGCCCCGACAAGCUCCUUUCCCCAAACGGUGCUGCUCAGACUCCUAAAACCCAAGCCUCUCCACUGCACCUCCCCUCACAGCCACUGCCCCCUCCGCCUCCUCCCCCCUUGCCUCUGGCGCCCCCUUGUGGGCCAGCAGGACGAGCAAGCGAGCAACCCUCUGCCUCCCACCCUGAUCUGAGAAUGAAUCACCCUCCUGUGCCCCCGCCCCCACCCCCGGCACCUUCCAUGUCUACCUUUUCCUCACGCAGAACCUCCUUGUCACCGCCUCCCUCGCCAACCGGGAGCAGUGCCUUGUGCAGCGGUGCUGAUCCUGCCCCCCCACUGCCCCCCAAAUUGCCAUUUGUGCACUCCCAGUUACAGAAGUCCAACGUCCAUUCUCUGCCUGUUCCCCCAGCCCCUCCUGGCACACAGCAGGUGGCUGGAACACAUAGGAGGAGACAAGGAAGAGGUGCAGCUAAGCUGAUGCCACCACCGGUUCCUCCUGCAAGGUCUCCAACAACUGAGCUCUCAAGCAAAUGCCAGCUCACUCAAGUCACUCCAUGGCAGGUUACGCACGACCUCUACCCUUCUCUUAAGAACGGAACGGUGCACAUAAUCGAUGAUUUUGAAUCUAAAUUUACUUUCCAUUCUAUGGAAGAAUUUCCUCCUCCUGAUGAAUUUAAGCCAUGCUUAAAAAUUUAUCCAAGCCAGGUAGCUAAAGAGAGCACCAACAAUCCUCCUUUGAGAACACAAGUGAGAUGA